CCACAUCGGCUGGGCGUUAUUUGGCCUUCAGCCUUGGAUGUGGGAUUAGGGAUUGAGGUGUGUAUGGGACUAUAAAGAUGGAGCUGGGUCCCUUGAUUUUGUAUGAAGGAUUACAUGGCAUCAGUUAUCUACUAUUCCAUUACUUGAAGCUCAAUCUCAGUUUGCAAAUUAUCGUUGCUAUCACACGCACUUACACGACUUGGAACAUAACGUCAAGAUGGUUGGUUUUGGAUCGGCAAAAGACCAGAAGAAGAACCAUGAGGAGGUUGCAGAUAUUCCUGCGCACUUGUCCGACUUGCACUGCUUCACCGAGACAGACAACUGUAUAACCACAAGUCGGUCAUCAUCUCCAAUUCUACCCAACUCCACUAACACAUCCCAGCAAUGAUGGACCUCCCCGGCUAUCGCAUCACCAAAGUUCUCGGCGCAGUCUACGGCAUUACAGUACGCUCACGCAACAUCGCCGCAGGAAUCGGCAUGGUUAUAAAGAGCAUGGCUGGCGGCGAGCUGACCUGGUUCACUUCGAUGCUGUACUCUUGCCGCAAUGAUUCUAUCAGCAGGGUUGUUCAAGAGACGAAGAGGAGAGGGGGCAAUGCUAUUAUUUGUUUGCGCUUUGAGACUGGGGAUUUGGGAGGCUUUGCACAGGCGAGUGCGUAUGGGACUGCUUGUGUGGUUGAGAAGAUUGAGGGUGCCAACGUUGAGGCGCCUCAGUUGACGCAUUAGUUUGAUGUUGAAGUCGGAGAUUGCGAGGAUACCCUUGGUUAAAAUCUUUAAGUAGUAUUUCUGUUCUUGAUUUCAACAACGUCAUCUUUAUUCAUCUGGAUCUUGCUUCUCCUUCUCAUUCGUUAAUGAAUGCUUGUCUCAAUUGCGAUUAUAAUACCC